CUUUGCUUCAUCAAAAAAGUAUUUUGAUGGCAGAUUUUGUUCAGCUUAUUUACAGGUUGGCAGGUCAUUUUUUAACUUGUCAAAACAUGUGCCAGGCAUGUGUGCAGCAGCCAGAUAAGCUAUCGUGUAGGUAGUUUCUGAAAACAGCAUACAGAAACACACAUUUAAUACAGAUGAUUAUCAUUUAUACUUUGAUUCUGGCUUCAUUCUACUAUCUUUACAUCACUGUAAUUACACUCCACAUUUCCUUCAUGAUUCAUCAUUGCAUAACAAACUAGAUAGGUGCUUUAUGGGUGUGUUGCAGGUUUGCACAAUUAACUCAGUCUAUUGGACUGGAAAUGACGAUUUGUAUUAACUGAAAAGAUCAUGUGGCUGUGUAGUUUGUGGGUGUUGGUUGAUUAGAAUGGAAAGUGCCAAUUAGAGAAGGAGAAAAUGACAAACUCAUUAUGUUUAAGGAGAAGUACUUAUGUCUUCCUGGAAAUUUUAAAGUUUACCUGGAGUAGGAUUCACAGUUGCAAAGCUUCAAAGAAAAUGAUUCUUCCUGUGUCUGUGAGCAUACUGGGAUAGCAAACGAGGAGAUGGAAGGAUAACAAACACAUACGAUCCAGGAACAGGAUGAGAGAACAGACCAAGAGCCUCCUAGAGCCUUUUUCUCACUCCUGAAUGCAGAUGGCUGUUCUUACAACAAUGCCAGCACCAAUAAACUCUGGACAAUUUUUUUUUUGUUUUUUUCUUGCCAGACUUCAUAGGAGAUUCAAUACACUGAAAAUAUAAAAAACGUAUCAUGCAUAAGUAAUCUCUUAAAAACAUAAUAAAACAGCAGGAAUUCUGGCAAUGAGACACUUUAGUUUAUUUUAAUGUAAUUAAGUACAUUCUGCCACUCAGCGUAUCCCCAGCCUUGCUUUUUCUACUAACUUGCAUUGAUGACAGCUGCAACUUCCAGCAAUUGCUACAAGGUUCAAAAGUACGAACUGCGCACCAGAGUUUACUCUGCAAUAUUUCUCAACAGCCCGAAAUAUGGUCUGUGUGGGCGUUGGAUGCAGGAGGAAGCUCAGCUUCUGUCCAAAUGAAUCCAACCAAUGAAGUUUGAAAAGAAAAAAAGCAAACAAACAGAAACCCACACAACCUUCACCACCACAAGCUGGGAGAGGGAAGAGAUGGCAAAGUGUUGUACAAAAAGGUUUUUCUGAGAUUUACUGUGAUCACAGCAGCUUUUCUGCCCUUUUCACCUGCUUGCAACCAGCGCUGCUGUGCACAUUUAGAGCUGAGAUAUGUCCUAUACAGACACGUGUGUGUGCAUAUUCCUAUGACAAGUAUCUGUGAGUGACAUCCAUGCUUUAGAUGUUCAUUUUGAAAUGUUUUAAGGUAACCUGAUCUUCAAGUGCUCAGCUCUUCAGAAAAUCACACAAACUCAUACCUCAUCCAAGCAAACGUUAGGCCCUGAAAUUGUAACUCAUUCAUGAAGAGACAUUAAAAUCAUGUCUGCUUUCUGAGGUGACAACAAAACACAACCAAAUCCAACAGCAGUCUCAUGGGGAUGUCCAUAAUAAAGAACCAGUAGUGCAAAUACAAACACCCGCCUCAGAGUAAAAGCAGUCAGCAGACUACUGUGUCCCCUCCUCAUGAGCUGCUCAGGCAGAACAUGAAAUGCGAAUAAAAGGAGCUUUAUAGUGUCUAGAAGCCAAAAUACUGAACUAUACAUUUCUACAACAAUGCACUCAGCACUGCUUCUAACCAUCGCUUCUUGCUCUGUAUCUUUUCAUCUGAAAUCACUGCUGCAGUGCACAGAGCACCCACAGCUGGCACCUCCCACUGCUGCCAGCCUGAUACACCACACAUCCCUUACAUCCUUGGAUACCCAUAAGACAUCUAUGUAGUGAGCUCACCAUGAUAAAAAAAGCACGUUGGAAAAGAAACAGUAGUAAACUAAGGUAACAGACUAGGAUAAAUUCUUGGGAAGGAUGAAAACAAACUUCAGCUGCAGACCUCCGAACAUUGCAAGUGAGUACAUUCCAGGAACUCCCCCAAAGUAAAACACAGCACUCCCAUAGAAACACUGCAUCUAAAGGCCAUACAAACACGCUGAGCCCAUCAGCUGGCACACAGCCCGUUGGCUCUGGGAAGAGAAAUAUUGACUGGGAUUUGAGUCAACCCCUCCGUUUCAAAUGGUCCUCCCAAUGAACUGCAGUUGGAAGUUUCUCAACACUGCCCUGAAAGAAUCCAAUUAAUACCAAAGCAGCACAAGCUGUGGGUAUUCCAGCACAGCAGAGUGAGGCUUUCUGGCGACCCGUUUGUGUGCCUGAAAGCAACAAGGAACUCGAUUUGGAAGAGCUGUAUAACAACGCGCCUACGUCAGCAGUAUUUAUGUAACAUUUCUUUGAGACAUUCCAGUGUACUGGAUAGAGAGUGAAAAACAGAUGGGACUGUGGCCAUUUCUGGGAAACACAAGUGUGAACAACUACCUAUUUUUAAUUUAUCAAGUUCCAUUCCAGUCUAAGCUGCUACAGAAUCUGCGUCAAUCUUUGUGUCCUUUUUUGAUCUCUUCCCUCACUUAGCUUAUGCUUAUGUACUGAAAAAGCCUAAGCACAUGAUUACCCCAUCCAGGCAACAUGCCUUUGAAAUGGCUUUUUAAUCUACACUCUCCACUCCCUGACAGACCGACUUUUGCAGUAUGUCUGUAUUUGCUGUCUAGACACUUGCAUAUGCUAACCUCUAAUUUAGCCCUCCCUUACUGACCCAUGAGUUUCCUCCCUUCUGUGGGUCUUCUGGCUAAACUGGAAAUGCAGCACACUCAUUCUACCCUAUACCUGCCUGCUAUAAUUGCGUUCGUACAAAUCUGACCAGUGAAAUAAGCAUAUGUUCAUCAUUUACAACAAUGAAUCCUUACAAUGAAACAAGUUUCGCAGUGCUCUCCUAAUCCCGUGCCCUUCUUUACUGGCUCCGAACUUAAAGAAUGAGUGGUCCUUUCCAAAAGGAUUCAGAGUAUCUAUGUAGACAGGAAUCUGAGCUGAAGCUUGUGCUGUGUGCCCAGUUACACAGGCAGAAAAUGAUGGGAGUAUCUGGUCUAAACGUGACAAGGAAAGGAAAAUACAUACAUGCCCUAAGAAUAGCCAAAUCUGAUGUCAGUCUAAGGCAAUAUUGCCCCUAGCAUGGAGAAAAAAAAGAAAACGUCCUCUCCACACAAGGCACUUCCUCUGCAACCUUAAUGAGUGUUUUCCUUCAGUCUCUGUGUGCCCAGUUUUUCAGCCCAUGUUAAUGCUUCCGGUGUUUGCAGUGCUCAGAGAUGUAAUGAGGGUGUGCAGAUGAGAGCUCACCAAAGCCAUUCUGUACUUCCACUUUAAAUACUAUCUUUGCACCACAAACCACUUCCAUGUGCCUGAAGCAUAAAAGAUUUGCUAUCUGUGUCAGCUUGUACAGAUGACUUAAGAGGCAAUUUAGCAUUAUCCAAUUGCUUUAAAGUCGAGUUCAUCCAGGGCCCAUUAUUCAGGCUGUGUACAAGGCUGGAUUUCAGCAUCAGGACUACACAGUGCCAUAUCGGUGCCACUGCAAUCUGAGAGCCUGCACUACUAAUCUAGAUAUACCUUACUCAAACUCACUGUCCCUGUCCUUUCCUUGCACACCCGCACAUCUUUCUCAACCCCAAACUAUGUACCACAGAACGCUGCAUAACAUUACUUCUCACUGUGCAAAGGAAUAUCAAAUUUAUCCGCUUCCAAUUUGGGUGAGAAAAUUCAUCGACUUGUGCAGCAUGAAUUUACUACUGCUGCAUGACAGACUUUAAUUUGCUAUCAGUUCAGUGAAACUAUAGCAGUUUUGUUGCACCCUGUACAUAUUAUGAUUUCCUUCAUAUUAACACACGCUCCAGUUCAUUUCCCUCACUCCAAACUGACCGAUCUUGAAAACUUCAGUAACUACGAAUUUUAGCUACUGUGUACGUUGGUUACAUUCUCAUAAUGUGUACAUCACAAUGAUAGGAGAGAGCUAUCCAGACUUCUUAACCUCAGCAUUCAUAUUUAGAAUGCUCUGUCAGACUACCACAAAGCAGAACAGAAGCUGAGGACCUGAAUGAGGCAUAAAGAUACAUAAGGAUCACACUCUGUUUAAUUUCUACUAGACACAUCCUUAUUCUGCUUGAAGUAAAAAGUUGUGAUUUUCAUGGAAAAAUCACAACUGAGGGACACAACUCAUUCAUGAGGGACACAACUCAUUCAUUUUGGAAUCCAGCACCCAAGCAGAGGCCAAUGUGUUCAGUAUUAAUCUACCAUAUAAAUUAAAUUCAGAACAUUCCACAACAGAAAGGUUUGUUCACAGACCAUCUUCUGUGCUGCUUCUUGCUAGGUUUUCCUUUCCCAAACAACCCCUUACUAUGGGGCUGAUAAAAACUACAUUUAAAGUAACUGAAGAUACAGAUUAUCUCAGCUCUGCAGGAGCACCUCUGGAGGUGCUGUAGAAGCAUAUCUAAGCUACCUCCAUUCACAUCACUAGUCACACAAAAACGAGCUCUGCUGGAUCUAACUUACACCUUGUUUGCCUCUCUUCAGAAAGGAUUUUUCCUCUCUGAUUACUUACCUCAAUUACCUCUUCUAGUCAUCAACAAGGCAGGAAAGAAGACUAUCUUAGUUACUCAUUCCCUUUCAGGUAACCAAAUUGGAGGCACACACAACAAAAACUGAAAGGAGAAAAAAAUCCAUACAAGCUUCCUGCUCAACAGCAGCUUGCACACAUAAGUAGAAUUAAGCUAUAAUAUAGCAGCACCUAUUUUAAAAUGAAGUUACUAUUCAUAGAAUGUGACAGUCUAUAGAAUGACCAUAUAAGAGCAAUAUAUACACACAUAUUUAAUAUAGAAUGUCAGGUAUGUUACUUCCCAAGUUAGUAUCUUAACAUGAAAUGUAAUUUCCCCAUUUUGUAGCUUCUCAAGAAGAUGCUGCACCUUUCAUUGCUCCAGCUGCUGACAUUUUUAACUUUCUCCGCUCAAACAGAAAUAACAACUGAAAAUGUUAAGCGGUAAAAGUAAGAACUUACCAAAGGAACAAGAUCAUUAAGAAGAUCACAUGCUCAUCUCCACCACCAGCUCUUAAAUGAGGGCUGGGAAGAAUCCUGGCUCCAUCCCUUCCAUCACUCAGUACAUUGCAUACACCUGAGCUCCCCUGGGCCGGCCCUGCCUUCCCAACCAGGUGCUCCUCACUGCUUCAAGCCGUGACUUAGCAUUUCUACUACAAUAUUAAACAACUAGAAGGACUAAGGUUACUUAGGAGUUAGUCUUUAAGUCAGUUACCAAAUUGCAGGGAGUAGUUCACACUUGCCAACAGAACUGCGGGUGGUUGAAAAGUUCUGAAAUACUGUAUAUCACAAUGAAAGGGUAGAAACUACAAUGUAACUGUCAGUACAGAAAUCAAUUUUCUCUGCACACAAGUUAGCACAGAAUCUAUUACAAGGAGAUUAUGAUGUUUUACUUCUUCAGUAUAUUCCAACAGCAAGUGACAUCAUUGAUAAAUGUUUUUAUCCAGUAAAGUAAUCAAUAAUUAAAUGAAACGGGACUUCAGUGAACAAAAACUAAGAGUAGUAAGAGAAAAAUUCAAUUGCAUUACUUGCAAUUUACCCAAAUGCUAAACUACUUGACAAAAUAACACUAAUAGAAGCACAGAAGCUAUGAGGUAUCAUCAUUUCCAGGCAGACCUUGAACGUCAUCUUCAUGAGCCAAAGUUUCCCAGGUACAAACAAGUUAAAAACCUGAGCACCCGUUACUGCUUGGUUUGCACCAGAAGAGGCCACUGCAGCAAUUCAUCCUACUGAAGCCAUCUCAGUGCUAUGAAGCCCAUCUUACAGAAGGCUCAUCUCCUGCAUUUAGCCACAACCGCAUUUAGGGUUAUUCGCACCAUCACUAAAUACACAGAUGAACACACCAGAACCAAAACCAAAACCAGGCCACCUUACUGCUCAGCACAUUUAUGCAAACAGGACAACUUAAAUGUAACAGAACUUUAAGUUGCAUGUGCAGGAGGAGACACAAAUCUCAGCUGUGACCUGACGUCACACACCCUGCAACAAGAGGGAAUGCAUUUUCUUGGCAGUUUUCUCGUCGUUGGGGAUUUCAGAGCCCUUUGCCCACCAAAGCAAUGAGGGCACAAAGCAGAUUUAAUGAAAAGUUUUCAAACUAGUAAGCAACGGUACAUGAGAAUUAACCCAAAGCCCCGGAAAGACGAGGCUCGCAGGAGCAAUUCCUCCAACAGAGCCAGUCUUUUCAUUUCCUUUAGGGCGGAGUAUCUUUUUGUUAUCGCUGUCUUUUAGCGCUGAUGAAGCAUUCGAGCCUCAAACGCCUGAAGGCGAGCACUGGCCGUCCCUCACACACAGCCAUCAUUUCCACACAGAACGCCUCAGACACCGACAGGGAUCGGAGCGCAGACACAAAAGCCGCAGCGCGUCUCACCGGCAGCGCGGGAGCUCGGCAGCCGCUCGUUCCGGGCGGGGAGGGGCGGGGCGGGGCCAAACUGCUUCCCGCGCUGCCACCGCCUACGGGGGCGUGGAGCUCCCCCACCCCGGCUGCAGCAGACCGGAAACGCAUACCGGAAGUGCCGGCGGAAGUCCAAGUUGGCCCGGCCCACUUCCGCCUCACCCCAGCUGGAGCCCACCUACUGAGCGCCACUUCCGCUCCGCCGGAGCCGGCGGGCCCUCUGGCGUGAAGGUGGGGGCCGGCGCACCAGGGCCGGUUCUCGCGCUGCUGGCGCUUCCCGGCCGUACCCCGCAGCGCCGCUCGGGAGCCGCGACCGCUUCAGGCACGCGCGCGACCGUCGCCGCUUCAAAGGCUUUUUCUGACGCGCGCGCAGUGCGGGGAGAGGGGGGCGCGGCGCGCGGGGCGGUGCUCCGUACGGCCCCUCCUCCUGCUAUAAGGGCGGCGGGCGGCCCGCGGCGCAGCACUGCCGGGCGCUGCUGCGGUUGGGCGCAUGCGCGUCGCGUCGGCGGCCGCACGGGGACAUGCGGAGCUGCGCGGCAUUGGGGGAAUGCAAACUGCAAGAAGCCUGUCACUCCCUGUGAGUUUCUAGAAUUGGGAGACAUCACAGAGCAGUACACAAUGUCAACUGCAGGAGUUGCUGCUCAGGAAAUGAGAGUCCCACUGAAAACUGGAUUUCUUCAUGCUAGUCAAGGCAUGGGGGGUCUGAAAACCUGCUGGGGUAGCCACAGUGGAUUUGAGAAUACUUUCUUUAACAUGGAUCCCAUAGCAGUGGCAUAUAACUUGAAUCCAUCAGCAGAGCAGCAUUUACCAUCCAUUGGGCACUCCUCCAACUGCGUUUCCACAAACGAGCACAGCUUUGCUGAAAGUUGCAUCCAAGUCCCGUCUCAGAAAUCUAGUCCAGCUCCUGUAAGUCCCAAAAAUGAGCAGCCAUUUUCAAGAUGUGAAGACCAGCUCAUUCCUGGCUUUAGUAAACUGUCAUUAACCACGGGCUGUGUUUCUGAAGAAACACCUCCUCAUAUGCCAAUAAAGAAUGGGCCAAUUCAAUUUCUGUCUGCAUCCUCCCAUGAUCGUAGCUCCAGGCCACUGCCCCCUCUACCUGUCCCUGAGGAUAUUACUCCAGAUGAGGUUGACAGAGAAGUGGAAUUCCUGACUAGCUCAGAUACGGACUUCUUGUUAGAAGAUUAUGGACUUCCUCCUUUUAAAUCCAGUGGUUCCAGUCGGCGGAGCUUUAGAGGUUGCGGACAAAUCAACUAUGCAUAUUUUGAUGCUCCAACAGGACCAAAACCAGAAGAUGCCAACCCUACACAAAGCCUAAGUGGAUGCAUAUCCAGUAUCUACCCUCCUCCACAGCAGCUGCAUCGACGUUUGCGAAGGUCCCAUUCAGGACCAGCUGGCUCUCUUAAUAAACCAGUAGCAAGACUAUCUGGACACUUAAACAGGUCUUCUCCAAACUCUGAUGAAGAUAAACCAGAGAUCCCCCCGAGGGUUCCCAUCCCUCCAAGGGCUCUCAAACCAGAUUACAGAAGGUGGUCAGCAGAAGUUGCUUCUAGCGCAUACAGUGAUGAAGACAGGCCUCCUAAAGUACCCCCUAGAGAACCUUUGUCUCGUAGUAAUUCCCGUACUCCAAGUCCUAAAAGCCUGCCAUCAUACCUCAAUGGGGUUAUGCCCCCCACCCAAAGUUUUGCACCUGAUCCUAAAUAUGUCAGCAACAAAGCUCUACAAAGACAAAAUAGUGAAGGAUCUUCCAACAGGGUCCCUUGCAUUCUUCCAAUUAUUGAAAAUGGUAAGAAGGCCAGUUCAACACACUAUUAUCUGCUGCCUGAAAGGCCUCCCUAUCUGGACAAGUAUGAGAAAUUCUUCAGGGAGGCAGAAGAAACUAGUUCUAAUACAGAGGUUCAGUCCUGGUCUGGUGACUGCAUGGCCACUUCAGUCCCAACAAGACUGGACUCAAAACCUAGAAUGGACAUAACUGGUCAUCUGAAACGAAAACAUCUGUCUUAUGUUGUUUCUCCAUAGUCUAUGGGAGCACAACUCAUCUGGAUUGUUGAGGAUGGAUGGAGCCAAAUUCUACCAUGUUAAAAAAAAUUUUAGGGUUCUCAAAUAAACUAGGACAGGUUUGUUCUUUGAGAACUAGAUAGUGGAUGGUAAAGUACUCUUAGGCUGCAUCUCUCUGGUAUGUUUCUUAAGACUGUUUUUUUGUCUUGGUACGUAUACCUGAAAACUGACAAAGAUUGCACAGAAACAUACAGAGAUGGUAGUUGCAGUUGGCCAGUUAUAUGCUACCUUAGAUAAGUGUAUUUGGUAGUCACGUUAUCAAAAUAAGUCUAAAAAAAUCUAACUUUGCUUAUGAGUUUCUUACAAACCUGACAACAGAGCAGAUAAUGCAGCACAGUUUUCAUAUCAGGCAUUUCUAAAAUUUCUUUUGCACAGUAACUCUGCCAGGAAGAGAUUCUGUUCUCUUUCAUUAUGAUAUGCCAACCUGGUAAGAAGGUGACUGCAAUAUCACAUAGAUAACUGAUAACUUUCAGGCCUGUUGAGCAUACUGAAAAUAUUUUUAGAAUAUUGAAUCCAUUUUACAACUUAAUUGGUAACCAGUAGACUUACU